UGCGCCAUUGCUCACUCUUCCGGGUGGGGUUGUCUGCGCAGUAAGUCCGCCGAGUAGUUGUAGCCCCCUAGGCCGUUAAUCGCGAGGCUGUGCACGCCGCGGGCGGCACUGUCCCGCGCGCCGCCUGCUCGUUACUGCGAGGCAGGUGGCUCUCAGGCCGGCGCAGGUCCGCCGCGGUUCGUCGGACCCAAGGUCUGUGAGCAGCCACGAUGUCGAUCUUCACCCCCACCAACCAGAUCCGCCUAACAAAUGUGGCCGUGGUACGCAUGAAGCGCGCCGGGAAGCGUUUCGAAAUCGCCUGCUACAAAAACAAAGUCGUCGGCUGGCGGAGCGGCGUGGAAAAAGACCUUGAUGAAGUUCUACAGACCCACUCGGUGUUUGUAAAUGUUUCUAAAGGUCAGGUUGCGAAGAAGGAAGAUCUCAUCAGUGCAUUUGGAACAGAUGAUCAGACUGAAAUCUGUAAGCAGAUUUUGACUAAAGGGGAGGUUCAAGUAUCAGAUAAAGAACGGCACACACAGCUGGAGCAGAUGUUUAGGGACAUUGCAACUAUUGUAGCUGACAAAUGUGUGAACCCUGAAACAAAGAGACCAUACACUGUUAUCCUUAUUGAGAGAGCAAUGAAGGACAUCCACUAUUCAGUCAACACCAACAAGAGUACAAAACAACAGGCUUUGGAAGUGAUAAAGCAGUUAAAGGAGAAAAUGAAGAUAGAACGUGCUCACAUGAGACUUCGGUUCAUUCUUCCAGUGAAUGAAGGAAAAAAGCUGAAAGAAAAACUCAAGCCACUGAUCAAGGUUAUAGAAAGUGAGGACUACAAUCAACAAUUAGAAAUUGUGUGUCUAAUUGACCCAGGCUGCUUCAGAGAAAUUGAUGAGCUAAUACAAAAGGAGACAAAAGGCAAAGGUUCUUUGGAAGUGCUCAAUCUGAAAGAUGUGGAAGAAGGAGAUGAGAAAUUUGAAUGACAUUCAUCAGUCUCUUCCGCUUUGAAACACUAAAACGUUUUCAUUUCCCACGGUCCUGUUUUCUUUCUGUGGUCUGCCAAAUACUUGCUCAAAUUUGUUUUCUACCUUUGUGUUAAAAAAGACUUUGCUAAAUUAUAAUUGUGGUUAAUUUAGUUUUAUUUGUAAAUUGGGAUUUUAGGGGAAAAUGAAAAAUUCAAGACACAGAAGUCCAGAGUAGCAUUUGGCUGUCUCAUGCCAUUGUAGCUUCCCAAGGUGAAAGUUAUUUGAGGCAGCUUUUGUGGAUAAAAAGUUGUUUUGUACAUUAUAAUAAGAGUAAUUUCGGAAAGAUAUGUCUAUAUAAUCAAAAGGGAGUAUUUGCUGAAAAAGAAAACAGUGCUUAUUUCUACGUAAUGAAAUGCAUGUAUAGGGGUAACUAUAUCUUGGCCUAAAAUACAGCUUGGAUAAUGGCUUCCUGAUCAGCUGAAAAAUACAUAUGAUGACUGUGCAACACAUAAUUUUCAUUAAACAUGCUGGCAUAACAUAGAUUAUUCCUGGUUAAAAAAUAUAUAGUCAUUUAUUUCUAAUUCUUAAAGUUUAUAAUAUAUGUUAAUAUAGCCAAAAUUAUGAAAUCAAUAAAGCCACUCUUUAUUGUUACUAAACUAUGGCUUGAGUUUCUGGACAGCUUCCUCACUCCCUUUUUUUUCCUUCUGCCUCUUACCUGGUCAAGUUGGAGAGCUGUUAGCAGGAUUAAAUAAUCAGUAUGAGCAAUACUUAGAAUAGGGCUGUUCUGAUAAACACCUGGUAUAUCUUAGCUGAUAUUAUCGGAGAUGUAAUUGCAUUUAUUUUAGUAUUAACACUUAAAUGAACAGUGUGCAUUUUUAAAUCUAUUUGUCCUCAAAAGAGAUAUUCUAGAAUGUAAAUUUAUGUUUCACUCAAAAUAAACAUACAGAUGUGUUUUGUGGACAGAAAUUUUCAACUGAAAAAGAGUUCUUGACUUGAACAUGACGCGGAAGCAUGUAGAAUCACUGCUAAUCCAAAUUCCCAGAAAUGUCCCAUCCGAUAUAAUAAAAGGCUAAUAUGCAAAUUGUCCCUUCGGGAGUUCAACCAACUGGGAGUUCGACCGCUCGCUUUGACGUGUGCUGACCACCAGAGGGUGGUGCAGAAUGGAGGAAGGCCCCAGCCAGCAGCUGGAAGGCCCCAAUCGGCCAGGCCUAGGGACCCUACCCGUGCACAAAUUUCCAAAUUUCGUGCACCAGGCCUCUAGUUUCAAAAUAACUGCCCAGUCCCCUCCCUGCACCCUGUCCAUGGUAACCAUCACUUUGUAUCUAAGAGUUUGUUUCUGUUUCAUUUUAAUAUAUAAAUGAAAUCAUAUGGUAUUUGUCUUUGACUUAUUUCACUUAACAUAAUAUUCUAGGUCCAUUCAAGUUGUCACUAAUUGCAAGAUUUCAUUUUUUAUGGCCAAGUAAUAUUUCAUUGUAUAUAUGUACAACAUCAUCUUUACCCAUUCAUCUUUCAAAUGACAUCUAAGUUGCCUCCAUAUCUUGGCUAUUAUAAACAAUGCUGCAAUGAAUAUAAGAGUGCAUAAAUCUUUUUGAAUUAUUGUGUCAGUUUUCUUCAAAUAAAUAACCAGAAGUGGAA